GCUCUCUAACGGUGUCCAUCACUGACAUGCGCGCCCCGGUGGUGGGGGGCUCCGGGGGGGUCUACGCUCUGUGCUCCGCUCAUCUGGCCAACGUCGUCAUGAACUGGGCGGGGAUGCGCUGUCCCUACAAGCUGCUCCGGAUGAUCCUGGCUUUGGUCUGCAUGAGCUCGGAGGUGGGCCGGGCGGUGUGGCUGCGGUUCUCCCCCCCCCUGCCCUCGGCCGGGCCCCAGCCCAGCUUCAUGGCCCACCUGUCGGGGGCGGUGGUGGGCAUCAGCAUGGGGCUGCUCAUCCUGCGCAGCUACGAGGAGAGCCUGCAGCGCCAGUGCACCUGGUGGGUCAUCGUCUUCUCCUUCAUCACCUUCCUCCUCUUCGCCAUCUUCUGGAACAUCUUCGCCUACGAGCUGCUGGGGGUCCAGAUCCCGGCCCCGCCCUGAUGAAGACCCCCCCUUUAGGGGUGUCUCAACCCGCGGGGGGGGGGGGGGGGUGUAUGCGGGUUCCUCAUGGACGCUGGCCCCUCCCCUUCAGUGGGGGGGGGUCUCCAUACACACGCAUGGACUCCGGCCCCUCCCCUUUAGUGGGGGGGGCCUUUUGGUUUUGUUUUCAGGAAUACUCUCUAUUUAAAUCCAGCUGUUAUUCCCUCCAGAUCUGAACAAACAAUGUUUUUUUUACAGAUACUCACCAGGAGAGAUUAGAGAGCAGCCUGCUGACUUACAGCCUCGUAAGCAGGCUUGUGUCUUUUAUAAAUUUAAAUAUAUAAUAACCAAUCAGCUUUCACUUCCCAGAAUGCAUUUCUGAAGUCAUUCAUGUCCUCCAUGUUGGCCCUUUACAGACCCUGUGAAAUGUAAAUAUCCCAGUGCACUCUGGGAAGCUUUCAUCUAUGACAAUGCGAGCAAACAUUGAGCAACAGCAACGAGCAGUGGUCGUAUUAGAGAUGAAAUAUUUCAUUUAUUUUAUAUUGUUGUCUUUUUUCUUCUGCAAAGCAGCUUACCAGCGUGAGUCUGUGCAGCCUGGAAACAGCCUGGAAACAGCCUGGAAACAGCCCCAAAGUAGCAUGGCCCUCACGACCUGACCCGCCCCGCAGGGCUACAGGGGUCCCAGUAGGUCCCAGUAGGCCUACAGUCCCUCCCAGUAGGGCUACAGGGCUCCCAGUAGGGCCCAGUAGGCCUACAGUCCCUCCCAGUAGGGCUACAGGGGUCCCAGUAGGGCUACAGGGGUCCCAGUAGAGCUACAGGGCUCCCAGUAGGCCUACAGUCCCUCCCAGUCCCUCCCAGUAGGUCCCGGUAGGGCUACAGGGCUCCCAGUAGGUCCCAGUAGGGCUACAGGGCUCCCAGUAGGUCCCAGUAGGUCUACAGGGCUCCCAGUAGGGCUACAGGGCUCCCAGUAGGUCCUGGUAGGGCUACAGGGCUCCCAGUAGGUCCCAGUAGGCCUACAGUCCCUCCCACUAGGGCUACAGGGCUCCCAGUAGGUCCCAGUAGGUCUACAGGGCUCCCAGUAGGUCCCAGUAGGUCUACAGGGCUCGGUGGUUGUAUGUUCAAAUGUUCAUCUGAAGAAGUGUUUCCUUCCACGGGGUCUCAGAACGGUCUCCUCCGCCGACACUGUGGACACGGUACCCAUCAGCAGAGAGGGAGCAGCUCUCUGCAGGACCCUGAAGGAACCUCGGUCCUCUGAGGACCUGUCUCACACCCCGGUCCUCUGAGGACCUGUCUGUCUGACUCACAGGUCCUCUGAGGACCUGUCUCACACACAGGUCCGUCACUCGCGAACCACAAACCUUCAAAACGCUGUGUAGAAUAUUAUAGAGUCGAGAAGACGAGGCGUUUAAAAGGCCUGUUUCUGAUCCACUGCCUACUACACACACACACACACACACACACACACACACACACACACACACACACACACACACACCUGUCCAUGCCCUAACUCACAGGCAGGGGACAGGUGUGUCAUCUGGUGAACUUUGACCUUCUUGCCCCAGAGGGCGUUAGGACGAGCCGGCCGGUCCCCGUCCCUCUCUCUGCGUUGUAAAGGAGUGUUCCCACAACAAGGAGAGCGUUGAUACGUUCCCUCCGUUCGAUUCCAUGUUGAUAGUGGAUGUGUAUAUUGUAUGUUCAUAAUUAAGAGUAUAUUUAUUUGUGUUUUUUUCCUUUAUGAAUAAGAGAAUCCUUGUUGGCUGUGUUCUGCUGACGUCCUGUUUGAGGGUUCUGAAGCAGAACCCGGUGUCGUGGUUCUGCUCACAGUUUAAGCCUCAGCAGAACAAUCCAGUGCUGUCUUCAGGACUUCAUUCGCCAUCGCCGUUCAAUAUUUCUGCGUGUAAACGAUCAGAUAAUAUUUUGCAUUGUGAAUAUUCAAAAAGAUAUGUUAGGAAACGGAAGAAGCAAACUUAAUUUUUUGCAAAUACAUGCCUGUAAAAUACCACUAAAUCUAGGAGAUGUUCAUGUAGCUAGGAACAUUUUGCCGAUGUGCUUACCAGAUGAUAUGCUAGGGCAGCAGACCUCUUAAAGGACCCAGUCAUGAACUUCAGUCCAGUACUGUAGUUCUCAUUAAACCAGAGAUCCUCUCACUUCUGCUCUAGAAACGGUUUGGAAAAAGAUUCACUUCAGUAGAAAGUAAAUUCAGUUCAUCCAAGGACAGCCGGACACAUUCUUUUUAUCUAUUAUUCAUGUCGUCUGGCCUCUCCGGUAGAAAAAAAAUUUCUUUGACCUUUCCCAUUUGGUUGUAAACCAUCUCUCCAGUCUAUUAAGGGAUGGAUGCAAGGUCAUAAAGAGAAAAAGAUAAACCAUGUCUCAUCACAUCUUAACCCCCUCUGUGGUUCAUGUCCAGGAUGGACGGCUCUGCUCGGGUCUCCUGUAAACGUCAGGGGAGCCCAGUCAGAAUUAAUAAUGAACCCACUCCCUGACCUGGGGAAGACUAGCAAAACAGGGGGGGAGCCUCAUCUAAGCCUCAUCAUCUUCAUUGUAGAUUCUUGUUGCCCUCUUGACCUUUUAAAACACAGCCUGAACCUUGGUUAAGGGCCUUAAUUCAUUUGUAAUCUUUUGAUAUUCAUUCAUCUCUUAUUGUUUCAUGUGUUCAUCUCCCUGUAACCUGCUGUCAUCUUAAAGGACCCAGGUGUGUUGGAAACUGCAAUCCCAGUAGGCUGUUUCCUGGCUUUGAUCCAUGCUUGAUCCCCCUAUACAUAGCCCGCUCCUCCAUCUCCUCCUCCUCUUCCUCUUCCUGCUCCUCCUCCUCCUCCUGCCUCUCCUUUUCUUCCUCCUGCUCCUCUUCCUCCCCCUCCUCCUCCUCCUCCUGAUCCUCCAUCCUCCUGCUCCCCGUCCUGAAGGAGGCGCUGUGAGGACAGCAUGAGGACGGGGAGCAGGACAGGAUGUAAACAUACAUAUAUAUAUAUAUAUGGAUACAUGGAUAUAUAUAUAUCGAUGUAUACACAUUAUAUAUCUAUAUAUAUUCUGUAUACAUAUAUAUAAAAGUACAUAUUAUGCAUAUAUACUUGUCUAUAUAUAUAUUGUAUAUACAUAUAUAUAUAUAUAUGUAAAUGGCUUUCUGUGGUUCCAGACGUGACCCUGACCCUCACUCAGCUCCUCGCUGCUGGUCUAAUAAAGUCUGGUUUAUACCGUCUGGUGUAGUGAGGGCUGGUCUGGUGUAGUGAGGGCUGGUGUAGUGAGGGCUGGUGUAGUGAGGGCUGGUGUAGUGAGGGCUGGUGUAGUGAGGGCUGGUGUAGUGAGGU